UUCCGGUGCGGUUGCAUGGUAGUACUUCCGGUCGACUGCUCUGUGGCCGUCUUUGAUCGACCUUCGUUUGAAAGUUCUCCUUCACGUCUCAAACUAUGCAGUCUGCUAAGCUAAUAACGCGCGUUUUGACUUCUGGUGUGAGGUCGGCUGCUACUACGGCUGCAACUAAAGGAUCUAAAGGACCUACCCGACGUCUGACGUACCCGUACACCUAUGCACAGAAGAUCGCAAACUUCCCGUAUAGAUUUCACUAUGAGAACAUGUGGCUCGUGAGGUACUUAAUCCCAGCAUUAGCGCUGACGUACCUCUUCUACAUCAUACCAGUGAACAGGGCAGUCAACUCCCCGGCAAACUAUGCUGCUUAUGAAGAAGCCAUGCGCAAGCAGGCUGAAGAGGAUGCAGCUCAUCACCACCACUAAGCCACCCAAAGUACAGAAAACUAGACCACCUCCAGAUAUGCUGUCUAAAUAAAUAGUCUUUGUAAAGAAAUGUCUGGCUUUGAACACAAGGUGAAUGUUUCCUGCAGUUAGUGUGUUUGAGUACACAAAUAAAUCAUUAGAGCUCUA